ACCACUGCAUCAUACAUCAAGAAUCACUUUGUGGCAAAGCCCUAAGGAUGGAACAUGUUAUGACCGCAGUAACACGAGUAGUUAACUUUAUAAGAGCCAAAGGUCUGAAUCACCGCCAAUUCAAAUCUUUUCUUGAGGAGUGUAGUUCGGAAUACGGAGACGUGGUUAAGCCGAGGAAAAGUACUGAACAGAUGUUUCGAGUUACGUGAGGAAAUAUUUCAGUUUCUGGAAAGCAAAGGGCAAGACACAGCUGAGCUCAGGGAGCAGGAGUUUCUGUGUGAGCUGGCCUUUAUGUGUGAUAUCACGAGCCAUCUCAAUGCGCUGAACCUGCAGCUUCAGGGACGGGGGCGUAUCAUCACAGAUAUGUACGCUGCAGUGAGGGCUUUUAAAACGAAAUUGUGCCUGUGGCAGAAUCAGAUGCUACAAGGAAACCUGGGCCAUUUUCCCUGCUGCCAAACGAUGAACAUGCAAAUCUCUACUGCUGUGUUCCCAUGUGCACAGUUUGCUGAAAAACUCUGUGUACUCAGUACUGAGUUUACCCGGCGGUUUGCCGACUUUGAUGCCCAGAAAUGUCGAUUUGAACUGCUCAGUAAUCCUUUUGCAGUUGACGUGGCAAAAGCACCAACAAACCUCCAAAUGGAGCUGAUUGAACUCCAGUGUAGUGACACGCUGAAGUCAAAGUAUGAUGCUGUGGGCGCUUCACAAUUUCCACAUUUCAUCCCUGACACAAUGCCUGGGCUCCGCACCCACGCUGCUCAGAUGCUCUCCAUGUUCGGCAGCACUUACCUAUGUGAGCAACUAUUCUCCUCGAUGAAGAUGGCUAAAACAUCUCACAGGAGACAUCUGAUCGAUGAACACCUUCACUCUAUCCUGAGGAUUUCCUCAGCUCAGAACCUGAGCCCAGACAUUGAGGAACUAGCAUCCAAGAAGAGAUGCCAGCUGCCUCUGACGUCACUGCCACAGGACAGUAAACAGGUGUACGUACAGCUCCUGUGGGACAACAUCAACCUGCGCCAAGAACCCGGAGAACCACUUUACCUGCUCUGGAGGACCUUUUUGGAGAAGAGGGGAACUCUGGGGCCCACAGACCACCAGGAGAUCCGCACUCUCCUCAACACCAUUGUUCGCAACAUCCAGACCAACGACGUCUACAGGCCGAUCAACCUGCUGAUCCGAGAGAUCAAACGGCGUCCAGAAGGGGUCAAACGACAGAGGAGCGUCUAUAGAGAAAUACUGUUUCUGUCACUGGUGGCUUUGGGACGGGAGAACAUCGAUGUAGAGGCCUUCGACAGAGAGUACCACAACGCAUACAACCAGCUGAGUGCGGAGCAGCUCAAGUCUCUGCACUGCAUCGAUCGCCCGCCUACUCCCAGCGUCCAGUGGUGCCUUAAAUGUUUUGGAGCACCUUUCAUCUGAACUGAUCCUCUCAGCAGCAGAGAUACAAACUCUUACUGUUCCUGCUUCAACUUUGGGGAACAGGGAGACUUUCGGACAUCUCCAGCUGGACGAACAUGGUACUGCUUCCUCCGUUUGCCUUGGAAGAUGACGUUGGCUGCUUCAUGUUUCUUUGAUUUGCUUUAAAGAGGUUUUCCAAGCAGCUGCCUAAAAGUGGAACUGUUGUUGUAAACUUCCUGGAAAGCUGUAAUGAAUCUCUUCAGACUAGUUGAGUUGCUGUAUAAAGCUGUAUAAAGCGAUUGAUCACUGUACAGAAUAUCUGUGUGUGUGCAUGUCAGCAGCCUUGCUCGUAGCCUUUUGCCUCCUUAAAUCUGUCGUAGCUAUACUCGUAUCAGCUCGGUGUGAGACAGUGUACAGACUCUGACUAGGGGUGCAACGGAUCACGGUUUAUCCGAAAUCCGAACCGAUCCCACUCCACGGUUCGGUACGCACGUGAUCCGAAGAUUCGAAAAAGAAAAAAAAGUAUGUGUAUGGUGUGCGU